GUGAGUCGCUGUUCUUUUUCGAGAUUCGCUUCGCCAGAUCACCCCUCAGCCCCUCUUGCUGUCUUUACUCCUUACAUGAGUUGCUAUCGGAGAACCACACCGCCAACAAUGACACACUACCCUUUGGUUCCUGUGUACUUUAAUUCCAGAUCCCCCGAUUUGCUUGCUGUUGUUUUCAAUAUCUCAUAUUUCUUCCUCCCACACUUCAUCAACAUCCAUCCUGAAUAUGGCAUAGCUAACCUCUGUCUCGCCUUUGCCCCUUGACGGUAUUAGUCCUGAUAGCUCCCCUCCAAUAACUCUUGCCCACCAUGGCAUUCAAAAACGGACUAAGUGAACGUCUCGAUGAACUCCGUUUCCCUUCUCCCCGCUCGCCGCCGUCAGAGACACCUUUCCCUGGUUACAGCUCACUUUCGCCGGGCCAUUCGACCUUCGUUUCGGCGUUUUCGCGGCCUUCGGGCGACGUUCGUACACAUCUGCAGCGUCGUUUUACGACAGACGCAAGCAAGUUAUCCUCUUGGAACUAUAUAAAUCAAGUCGGAGCCGCUCCUCAGGCCCCAGAUGCGCUAGAUCUCCUCUCAUCGUUCGAAAAGAAGCGUCAGCAUAUCGAAUACAUGCGAGAGCAAAAACGGAGAUUUGAGGAGGACAUGAAGCUUCUGGACCUGCAACAUGAGAAGGAACAGCAUGAGAUGAACCAGCUUGCAAAGGAUCUUGCUAAAGCAGGUAUUUCCGGCCCAGUCAGCGAACCGACAACACCCCCAGAGUAUCGUGAGCACGGUUUUCCAGGCGCCUUUUCUCGUCCCACUCGCUUUUCAACUUCCAGUGUUACCUCAUCUCCCGGCUUCUUCAACGUCUUCGCUUCUUCAGUUACAAGUCCCCCAAGCCAGGUUAACCACGAGUCAGCUCAAACUCCAACAAACCGCUUCGCCGUACACUCCGUUCCUGGUUCGCGCAGAAACUCUGAAAAGGAGGACUUUGGGAACGAGCCCACUUCUCCAUUUCGCCCCGGACCAUCUAUUCACCGCUAUUCAAUGCCGACAACCGGGCUGGGCUCUCAAAUCCGUCCAAAUAUUUCAAGCUUCAACAAUCCUUCUCUAGAGACCUUCAACACUGCCAAAUAUCUACUCCACAACGACGACGAUCGGUCAACUCUUAAAGACGAAGACCGGAUACCCACCCCAGACAUCAAAAGCUAUCUCAAAUUGACCGAGCCAGACGAUAAGUUUCCCACUCUAUCCCGUCGUGACGGCUCGAGCCUGCUAUCUGCAAAUUCAGACGCCCUAGACUUGGCAAACUCCAAGACUCCGAAUCCUGAGUCCUGGAAUUCUCACAGUCGUCAUCGUUCGUCACACCAGAGCAUGCCUCAAAACGCCCUUAAUAUGUUCCGUCUAGGACAAAUUGGGGCCGAUGACACCCGCGUUUCCGGUCAUGGCUCCUCUCGACAUGCGGCCAGGCACUCCUUAGAAGCCAACGUUCUCUUUUCUGCAGAGGGAAACCAUGACUCAAUGCCUUCUACUACCUCAGGCCGCCCGGUACCUCUCCAGUCGUCAUAUUCAACUAAUGACCUGCCUACCGUAAAGGGUGAAGGUUUCAACCCCGCAAUAACCCCGCCCCGAACGCAUGCAGAACAACACGCGAUCCUAGGCCGAAACCUUGCCAACUCUGUUACACCACGCCAGCAGAAGGACUCGCCUGAGCGAGAGGAGGCUCGCCCACAUAAUUCUAGAGCCCAGGCCACCACGCUGCAGGCCAACGCAACCCCCUUUGGUCCCCAGCUUAAUGGCAAUGUCUCUAAUAGCACAACUGCGCCACAGGCGGCGGUCCCCAACUUCCAACCGCCCUUCUACAAUUACGGGCUACAGAUGUACAUGGGAGCUCCAAUGCAGGUCAACGGCCAAAUGCAGCCUUACAACCCCUCGCCAUCGUUUACAGGAUACCCAUCAUACGGAAACUAUCGCCUCGGAGAUAGCUCUACUAAACCGGUUGCAUCUCGCCGAAAUGCCGAUGGGGAAUCAGCCCAGUUGUCCCGCUUCACAAACUAUCCUAUUGAUCACUACCGCGGCGAAAUUUACGGACUUUGCAAGGAUCAGCAUGGCUGCAGAUACCUCCAGCGAAAGUUAGAGGAGCGAACCCCAGAACACGUUCAAAUGAUUUUCGACGAGACGCACCUGCAUGUUGUAGAAUUGAUGACGGACCCAUUCGGCAACUACCUAUGCCAGAAAUUACUCGAGUACUCCAACGAUGAUCAACGUACAGCACUCAUCAACAGUGCUGCGCCUCAACUUGUGAAGAUCGCGCUCAAUCAGCAUGGUACCCGAGCAUUGCAGAAGAUGAUCGAAUUCAUCUCGACCUCGGAACAGACUCGUACUGUAAUUCAAUCUCUGCAAGACCAUGUUGUUGAACUGGUUCAAGACCUUAACGGCAAUCACGUCAUUCAGAAGUGUCUCAACCGCCUCUCAGCGGAGGACUCCCAGUUUAUCUACGACGCCGUAGGCGCUAACUGCGUUGUCGUUGGCACUCAUCGCCAUGGCUGCUGCGUCUUGCAACGAUGCAUUGACCACGCAUCGGGAGAGCAAAGAGCUCGCCUUAUCGCACAGAUCACAUCCAACGCUUUCUCAUUGGUUCAAGACCCUUUCGGUAACUACGUUGUGCAGUACAUCCUUGACCUUGCGGAAGCGCAUUUCACUGAGCCUCUAUGCCACGCAUUCCGUGGCAACAUUCCAGCACUGUCCAAACAGAAGUUCAGCAGCAAUGUUAUCGAGAAGUGUCUACGCACGGCCGAACCGCCGAUCCGGCGCCAAAUGAUAGAAGAGAUGCUGUCUGGUCCCGAGCUCGAGAAGAUGCUUCGUGACUCCUUUGCCAAUUAUGUCGUGCAAACUGCCAUGGAUUUCGCCGAUGACGUGACCCGGAACCGGAUCGUUGAGCACGUGCGUCCCAUUCUUCCCUCCAUUCGCCAAACGCCUCAUGGGCGUCGCAUCGCCAGCAAGAUAAUGGCUUUGGAGGGCUCCGGUCGGAGCAGUGCUGCCACCAGUGGCCAGGUUACCCCUAAUGAAUUGAACUCCGCACAACUUCCCGGUCCCUUGCAGGCACCUCAGAGCAACUAUAUGUAUCAACAGAACACUUUCCCUAUCUCAGCUGGAGGUGCGCAGUUCGGGAACCAAAGCUUCGUUCCUGCUUCGGGCACUGGUUCCACUUCGAACACGCCUUCCGGUGCCAGUGAAAAUUCCUCUGUUAUCUACAACUCUGCAAUGCAGCAGCAAACAGGUAACUUUGGUCCACAGGGUCAAAUGUACACAUACUUUUGACCCCUUUCGCUCCCAGCGCCUCUGUACUCUUACUGAAAUGACGAUGCUACGAUCUUUGACGAUUUCACGGCCACCCAUCGACACGAUGUCACAGUAUGGGGAUUGAUACCACUUCCGAGAUCUCUAUCUUCGAUGCAAUUUGUAUUGCAUUUUCUGGCCUUUUUCUUGACGGACAUGAUGCAACCCUUCACGGAAGUAUCAAUCUAUCCUGUCUUGUACUUUUGCACUUGGGUGUUGACAGUCUACUGAUGACGACAGUGCUUGGGAUAUUCUUUUUUCGUUAUCUGUCGGAAACUGAUUCUUCUUUGCCUUUGGCAAGUUAAUGCACGGCAGGCGCCUCAUCCGUUGUCCCGGGCUCGUGCUUUGCUUUGGCGAUUUCUGCCUGUCCUCUUUUCAGGAUAUGCUGCGUUGCUCUUCACCUCGAAGAUUGGCCUCGAGAUUCUUCCUGCAGGUUGAACCGAGUCACCACCUUCUGCGUCAGCUCUUCACAUCUUAUUCUAUGCAUAUGGGGAUGAACUGCCUACCAUUUCUGAUGCCAUCUUUCCCGGUUUGAUACCAACACAUGCGGUAGAAUAGAUGUAUCCAUAUCUACAGGCAGCGAAGACGUCUUUCUUUCUUUUCCGAUCUUUUGUUGUAUUUUUUUUACCGUUUACUUUUCUGUCAUUUCUGAUUUCUGUACCAUCUAGCCAUAACUAACGGUAGAAUCAAUCGUUGCUCUUGCUCCACGAUGACUCAUCCUUUUCGAGGUAACAACUAGUUAAAUGUAGGACAUGUCUUUUUGAUAGUCCCUCCAAAAUCUAGCCCCUAUCUGGCCUCUCAUAGUAGCAGCAUGCUUGAGAUGAAUUGACCGGGUUAGAGCUCGCUGCCGCACAGCUGGGAUAACUUCAUGGAUGAAGACUGCCUGCUUCCCGCAAUCAUUCCCUCCUUCUAAACCCACAACCGCCCGGCUUCCACAAAGCUAUCUCCGUGGUGAAACAGAUUAUGGGAACUUAUGGCCUCAGCAGAGGUAAAACCAUCUGAAGAUUAGGUAGAAG